AUGAACAACAACAACAUCAAUUACACUCUAUAUUUUAACACAUACCACGACACUCCCUCCAUGGAUACGCUAAAUUCUAGCCCCAGUCACAGUCCCAACACGACCAUGCACUCUCCGCCCCCUUCAGCAGCCGAUUCCGUCGUAAGCAACAAUAACGACGAAUCCUCUUUAUUGACGUUCAUAAGCACGGCAGAAGUGAAUGCACACAAUCAAACGCAAACACAAAUGCAGGAUAAACAUCCAACUGAUAGGAGCCCCAAUCAAUCUCCGCAACCACCAGUGGUAUCGUCCCCCGAUUCUUUACCACAAAGAAUCGUGCUUCCGGAUUCAAAAGAUAAGAGUUAUAUCCCACCUCAUCAAUUCCUUAAAAAAUCAAACGAUAAGAAUAAUAGUAAUAGUAAUAGUAAGGAAACAAAUAUUAUGCAUUCGAAAGGGCAGACAACAACAUCUAACAAGAACUUCUCCAAUUGGAUCAAUGCGUCCAAGUACGGAGAAGAUAUUUAUUCAUUGAGAGGUAAAGGUGAUACUGCGAUAAGCAGUAGUAGUAGCAGUAGAACAAAUAGUCAACCAAACGACACUUUUAAUAUUAAUAUGGAUUCAAAUCUUCCCGGACCGACCAUCACGGCAACAAUACCUUCUACUGUGCCCUCCAGUAGAGAAAAUAAUGAAUUCGCUGAUAUAUUCGCAACUUCGUCAUCUUCUCAAACGAAUAGGAGACCAUCUGGAUUAAAUCAAAUUAGUGAAGCAGCAACAAUUGCUCUUACUAUGGAUAAUACUUUAUCAAAUACGAAAAAAAAUAGCAUUAAUAUUCCAUCAUCAGCACCACAUGUAUCGAUUGACCCUUUAUCCAAAGAUCAUCAAGAUGAACAAAAAAAUAAUAACAAUAAUAAUACUCCUCUAGAGACAGAUGAUGAAAAGGAAGAUCGUAAAUUGUCAUACAUCCCACCUCCACCACCUAAAUUUACAAAUACAAAACUAGACAUUGUAAGAACAAGAGUUCUUCAUGACCCAACGUCAUCACAAUCCAUACCACCCGCACAAACUGAUCCGAACUUGGAAAAUGGGUCACAACGACAAAAUGAAGAUAUUGGUAGCGCAACCGCUACAGCUGUGGCUGUACUAUCCAAUUUGAGAUCAUCACCCUUUAGAUUUGGUGACAACAAGAACAGACCUACUUCAAGGACGCAUUCCGCUUCAUUUUCAUCAUCCAGAGGAACAAAUACAAGACCAUUAUUGCGUAUACAUCAUCUAGAAGAGGUAAAAUCAACAGCUAAUGCUAAUACUGCUAACAAUAAUACUGGUGAUACCACUGAUAAUGAAACUGCCUUUUCCACCGAGGACGAAAGUGAUUCUAAUUUAAGUGAUGAUAACGAAAAUGAAGCUGAAGAUCUAACGGUACCGAAAUCAUCAGAUGAUAGAGAGAAGACAAUUACAUGGAAUAAGAAUGGGAAAAGAAUAAAUAGAAGGUUAUCAGCUCCUGAACAACCAACUACAAAGAAACGUGUAAAGACGGGGAGUGCAAAGGGUAAAUCAAGAACAAAAUCAAAGACAAGAUUAAGGUUGGCCGAAAAGGGCGAUAGAAGAAAUUUAACCACUUUAAUGUACGAACAAGGUGGAUCCAGACCUGGCUCUAAUAGAAAUCAAAAGAAAGCUCAAGAGCCAGUUGAUGAAACUAAGAAGGCAAGAAGAUCGAGAUCCGGUUGUUGGAUUUGUCGAUUAAGGAAAAAAAAAUGUACUGAAGAAAAACCUGCAUGUUUUAAUUGUCAAAGAUUGAACUUGGAUUGUUUCUUCGACGCAAUUAAACCUGAUUUUGUUUCCAAUCCAGAAAAGAAGAAGGAAAAAAUGGAAGAAAUCAAGAUUAAGACCAGAGAGGCAAAGAGAAAUGCAUUUAAACAAAAGGCAUUGGAAUUGAGGAAAGAACGAGAGGAGAAACAAGAAAAGAAAGAAAAAGUUAAACAACAGCAAAUUUUCUUACCACAAACUCAUGAUGCCACUACAAUGCAAGAUAUAAAGGUAACACUACCGCCACCACCCCAUCCAAGCAAUAAUGAAGAGCAACAAUCAACUCAACAAAGUAGAAUAAAAAAUGAAAUCAACCAAUCAUAA